UUCUUACUUUGUCAAUUUUGUUGCAAAUAAUUGAUUUUAUGUUAAUUUUUAACGUUGAAUUUCGUUUUAAUCCAAUUAUUAUGCAAAACUCAAUUUGUAUUCUAUUAAAAUCGCCCAAUUUGUAUAAUGAAGUGUGAUGGGGGUUUUCCAUAGAGUAUUCCCAGGUGAUGAAUACUCAGAGAAGGGUUUUGUGGUUGUAGUGGGGGUGAAAAGAGUUAUUGGGGGCACCAGUCAGUCAUGGAAUGUAUUCUCUUGUACUCAUGAGGUAAAAUUAUUGAUUAUUUACUGUAAAAAAACAAUCAAUAGAUGCGCGUAAAGAAAGUAGAAAGAGUUUUAACAUUUUAACACGGUUUUUUUCGGGUGAUGUUAAAUUUGAAAUGGGUAGCGCCAUUUUUAUAUUAGGACUUUUCGGUUUCUAUCAAUUCAAUUUCGUGAACUCAAUUGAUUGUUUUAAAUGUAUAUCAAUAAAUAACGAUUAUCAACCAUGCGAGGACCCUUUUCACAAUAAUUACACGACGGAUAUUUUGGAAUCUCCGUGCAUGGGCGGGCGAAAGGGAAGAGAUGGUUUAUUUCCGGCUACUUUCUGUAUUAAAAUAACCGGAACUUUCGCCGAUAACAAAACAACUUUAACUCUAAGAGGAUGCGCCUUGGAUAGUGGAACUUUAACAACAGACACUGAAAUUGUUCGAAUGUCUCAUUGUGGAGGAUUUUAUUAUGGCGAAAGUUAUGUUCGUGGUUGUGUUCAAAGCUGUAAUGAUGCGGAUGCUUGUAAUUUAAGCUCUAAAUUCCAACUUAAUUUAUUUAUUUUAAACAUCUCAACUCUUUAUACACUUUGCUUUUUUAUGUAAUACAAAAAUAAAUAAAAAAAUGCCUUUAUGAAUUAACAAA